AGCCUGUCUAAUAAGCUGGAACCAUGGCUAUAAAACACCAAUAAGCUGCUGGACACCGCAGGGAUUUACAGAAAGUAUGGACCAGUAUGUCAGUGAAGAAUGCUGGUACCAACAAUACAAUUACCCUUUUAUACAGGAACCUAUACCACUACCAAUAAGGCACGAAAGCAAACCAAUCAGAGCACUUUACCAGUGGUUACCCAUAAUCCUCUGUUUUCAGGCACUUGUUUUUAAAUUACCUAAUAUUUUAAUGUAUACUUUACAUGGAUAUUCUGGCAUCAGUUUUGACAAGAUCACAAAUUUGACAAGUGGAUUUAAAAUGAUGACAAUGUAUGAACGUGAGAUCCUGGUGAAACAGAUUGCCAGGUACAUCUACAACUGGUGCAAACAAUCCAACUUUUUACCAUGGCGUGUACUUUCAGUUCUUUGGUUUGUUGUAAAACUUCUGUAUGUAGGCAAUAUCAUCAUACAAAUGAGAGCUGUGAACUCCUUUCUGAUGUCAGGCUCUCCAGAAAUCAUAAAUGUGAUGUCAUAUGGUGACAUUAUUAGACAUAACCUUUUCUUAAAUAAAACUGAUAUGUGGAUUGAAUCCCCAGCCUUCCCUCGGUACACACUUUGUGACUUCAAAAUCAGAGUUUUGACCUCGAUUCAAGCAUACACAGUUCAAUGUUACUUAAAUGCAAACUACUUCAAUGAAGUUGUAUACAUUUUCAUAUGGGUAUGGUUUGUAGUUGUUGCUAUAGUUACAUGUAUAAGUAUUAUUGUUUGGACAUUGACAACCCUUAUUCCAUUAUCCCGAAAAAGGUACAUAAAAAGAGCUAUGGAAGUUUCAGACGAUCCAAACAUAGCCAGCCUUUGUGUGACACAAAAUGAUCUUGAUCAAUUCUGUAAUAUGAUUGGAGAGGACGGUGUUAUGGUAUUAAAGUUAAUUGGUGCCAACUCCUCCGACAUCUUGGUGAGUCAGGUUGUCACUAACAUGUGGAGUUUGAGGACGUGCAGAGGUAACCUUCACCAUGAGGGGCAAGUAAUCAAUCUUCCUGAAAUGCAUACUCAGUCAAACGCCCCACAGCCUUCCAGUUCAACUUAUACCGGGAAGUUGGAUUAAUGUAUCAUCUGUGUAAAAAAUUAACAGUUGACCAUAUAUUUUCCAUAACUGUAUUUUACCUUUAUAUUACAUGUAUUUGAUUGUACAUAUAUGUCCAUUAGGUGUUGUAUAAAACCUACCUGUAUUUUAAAAAUUAGAUAUAUUACAUAAGUGUUGUUAGUUUCAUCACCUUUAUUUUUAUUUACCAUAACAUAUUUAUUUCACAUAGAUAUGAAUCACCUAUAUAUUGUAUAAAGCUUUUCUCUGCUGCCUGCACAUUUUUUUGUUUAAAUUAUGAAAAAAAAAAUGAUUUUGUCAAAUGCCUGUAUGAAAGAAAUAUGUUGGUAUACUUCUUUUGAGCAAUUCACACAUGCACCACAUAAUUUCUAUAUGUUUUUAAAACCUUACUUAAAAAUCACAGCACAAUAUUUUGUUCUCUAACAUUUUAUUCUGUUUACGCAUGGUUUUGAUGUGAAACAAAGUUGUCACAGGAGACAGCAAAGCUUGACUAAUUAAAUACUGGACGCAGUAAGGAAGACAAAACUAUUAAAGUUAUGAUGUAAAUAUAUUUCUUCUUAUGACAAGAAGUUAUAGUUGUUAAGAUAAAUUCCAAGUUCAAGGGGGAAAAUUCUUGAAAUAAUCACACUAGGGUUAUGAACCUUGUCAUACAACAUGUGUGUUAUGAUAAGAAAUACAUAAUUAAUUGAAGUUUGAAGUUGAUACCUUAAAAAGUAAAGCAGUUAUGAUAUUUCUUAAAGAAAUUUCCAAGUUCAAAAGGAGAUACAUCUAAAAAGAUUGCUUCAAGAGUUAUGAACCUUGGGGAGAUAUAUCUAAAAACAUUGGUGCUAGAGUUUUGAACCUUGUCACCUAAGAUGUGGUUGAUGAUAAGGAACAUAUAUUUGAAGUUUGAAGUUGAUCCCAUAAGAAAUAAAAAAGUUACAGUAAAAAAUAUUUUUUAAGGAAAAUUCUAAGAUCAAGUGUAGAUAAAUCUGAAAAUAUUGGUGCUAGAGUUAUGAACCUUGUCACAUAAGAUGUGGUUGAUGAUAAGGAACAUAUAUUUGAAAUUUGAAGUUGAUACCUUAAGAAAUGAUUAUAGUAAAAAAUAUUUUACUGCACUAAAACUUCAAUCUGAAAUCUGGACGCUGAUGCGGACGCCGGCACGAGUAGGAUAGCUGUCCAUAUACAUGUACUUUGUAUAGUCGAGCUAAAAACUCUUUGGAGGAUCAUUAAGAUUAAGGGAACAAAAAAAUUUUACUGUUUUUUAAAUUUUAAAACUUUGUCAAGAGAUAUAGCUCUAAACUUGCAAAAUACAUGCUAACAUCUGAGUGUCUUGUACAUCUUUUGAUAAAUUUUAAAUAAGACAUAUAAUGCAACUUUUACAACAAGGCCUUACAUAUAAAGAAGCCGGCAAAAUAAUUCCAACAGCUUGAGAGCAUUCUGCAAUUCCCAUUUUUGGCAAAUGUGAUCUUUUUCAUAAAAGACAAUCCAUGAGGAUCAUGUUUGUACCGAAUAUGAUAUCUAACGUAUUGGGCAUGCGGAACCCUGAAACACAUGAAAUCUAACGUAUUGGGCAUGCGGAACCCUGAAACACAUGAAAUCUAAUGUAUUUGGCAUGCGGAACCCUGAAACACAUGAAAUCUAACGUAUUGGGCAUGCGGAACCCUGAAACACAUGAAA